AAACUAACAAACCCUAGGUUGUGGUUUAUAAAUCACAGCCGUUGAUGUGAUUUAUCACAGAUAUGAAGGCAGAACGAAACCACAACCAAACUUGGUGUGUGGCAUGAGAGAGGGCAAAAUAAAGCACCCUACAUGAGGAAUGUGCACACAAUGAUUUUCCCUGUCUUUGGGUUUGACAUCAAUAGAGGAAGAAGUUAUAGAGAACCUGAUACAGAUUCCCCUGCAAUGCAUUUUAUCACUGCUUGAGGAGGUUCUGAGGGAGCUUUGCAAGCCAAUCCUGAAUACCUCUUACACCACAUGCUUCAAAACAAUAACAACCUCCAUGGUUUAUAAGAAGUUACUUCUAUGCUCAUUGCUGUGAAAAAAUAUGUAUGUAUGUAUGCAGAAAAAUUGUCCUCUGUAUAUCUGUGACCCAAGAACAUUGAGGUUUAAUUCUGCUCUGAAUAUCAACACCGUGACUGCAGAGUUUCAGAUUUUUGCAGUAGCUGUUGUUGUUCAAGGAAGUUCUGAAAAAUUAUUCCUCUUCAAGCGAGAUUCAUCAUUUUCUGCUAGUGCAACAGGAUAAGUCUUAAACCCAGAGAAGCUGCUAAGCGGUCCAAGUAUGUUUUCUGAAUGCAGCUGCAUUGAGAAGAAUGAUAGGAUCAUCUUUUCUUCAGGACUUGAAACAUUAUCAAUUUGAAACACAAGGAAUGAACUAAAUGGAAAACAGCACCACAGUGAGGGAAUUCAUAUUGUUAGGGCUGACUAACAACCAACAAAUUGCUGUUGGCCUUUUUCUCAUCCUGCUUGGGAUUUAUUUUUUGACAUUGAUAGGAAACAUGUUGAUUAUUAUUAUCACAUUGGUGAAUGCCCAACUCUGUAGUCCAAUGUAUUUCUUCCUCCGACAUGUGGCAUGGAUAGAGAUUGGGUAUAUAAGUAGCAUCAUUCCUAAAACACUGGCCAACAUAGCCACUGGUAACAAGAGUAUCUCUUUAGCUGGUUGCUUUGUACAGAUGUUCCUCCAUUUUGUUCUUGGCACCACUGAAUUCCUUCUACUGGCCACAAUGUCUGUUGAUCGCUACAUAGCCAUCUGUAACCCUCUUCACUACACAACCAUCAUGAAUGAACAAAUCUGCUCAUUAUUGGUACUUUGUUGCUGGAUUGGGGGUUUGUCACUAAUUCUAGUUCCAGCCAUUCUUUUCUUUCAAAUGCCAUUUUGUGGUCCUAACAACAUCAUCAAUCAUUUCUUUUGUGACAAUGGAGCACUAAUCAAACUCUCAUGUGUUGAAACCAGUCUCCUAGAACUGAUUAAUUUUGUGAUUGCCACAUUCUCUCUGCUUGGGACCUUAAGUGUCAACAUUGUGUCUUAUGUCAAAAUCAUUUCCACGAUUCUGCGCAUCCCAUCAACUACAGGGAGGAAGAAGACAUUUUCCACCUGUGCAUCUCACAUGACUGUGGUCUCCAUUACUUACAGCAGUUGUGUUUUCAUAUACAUAAGACCCAAAGGCAGCAGCAAAUUAGAUUACAACAAAAUGAUGGCCCUUCUCAAUACUGUUCUGGCUCCACUUUUGAUCCCGUUUAUAUAUUGUUUGAGGAACAGACAAGUGCAGGAUGCAUUGAGGAUUGAACUGAGACAAUGGAUUGAGUUUUGCAAGAAAUUGAAAUGAUUUGUCAUUGAUGUGACCUUGAAUCAGAUUUUAAAGUUCAACUUCUGCUUUCUUAAGUUAUAGCAUGUGCUGCUUUCAGAUGUAAUGAUCACACACUGAGGUGGUUUACAAGAGGACAUGGUAAUCAGGAAGCAAAACAACUGAUAAUCCUCAACAAAAUAAAGCACAAUAUAUCAGGAA